AUCUCUGGAGGAAGUUAGUGUCUCAGGCUUCGGCGAGUAACAACCUCAGCUCCUCCUGGACAGUUUUAACUUUCUGUCGAGGAGGAAUGAUCGUUCCUCUCGGCUCAGACUCUUUUCGGAUUUAAAGUUGACUGCACAGUCAUAUUUUUGCUUUUUCGAUAUAGAACAUUUGGACAGUUUCUCCCAGACUUCUGAUCACUGAUUUUAUUUUUUCUUUUUGUUAAUUUUUUUCUUUUGUUUAGUCUGACAGCAGAAAUUAUUGACUUCACCUGCUGUUCAGAGAUGCUAAAAACCACCGGGCAUCAGAUCAGUUCGACUUUAGUUUAACUUAUACAGAUCGUUCACAUAUCGCCGAUUUCUUGUUAAAACGUUAAUUAUACUGGUGACGAACACGGGUAUGGAUCUGAGACCGGAACACCCCACAGCCUCCUCCGCCUCACAAGUCCACCCAGGAGCCGCGGCAGCGGCCGCAGCAGCCUCCAUCCCGGUGUCCAUGGCUGGUAACCUGCUGCGCGGCCCCCCUCUCCUCCUGCGGGCCGCGGACAAGUACCCGCGCACUCCGAAGUGUGCCCGCUGCAGAAACCACGGUGUAGUCUCCGCACUGAAGGGCCACAAGCGCUACUGCCGCUGGAAGGACUGUAUGUGCGCCAAGUGCACCUUGAUCGCGGAGAGGCAGCGAGUGAUGGCAGCUCAGGUGGCGCUGAGGCGGCAGCAGGCUCAAGAAGAGAACGAAGCCCGGGAGCUGCAGCUGCUGUACGGCACGGCGGAGGGACUCGCUAUCGCCGCUGCCAACGGCAUCAUCCCACCGCGUCCAAACUACGAGGUUUUUGGCUCUGUCAGCAGCGAAAGCAACUCAGCAGAUUCAAGUAUCCAGAAGUAUGAGCUGUUUCCUAAAAGCCAGCUCUCCGGGUCCGCAACCCCUCAGCAGUCUGUUGGGAAACCGGCUUCCACCGAAAGUGAUUCAGCCCCCGGCAUCUCAUCCCCUGACGGCCGGCACGGAGGCUCUGGUUCAGAGAACGGAGACAGCGAGUCUUUCAUCAGCUCACCGGUAUCCAAACCUUUAAAAGACGGAGAGGAAACCCCUGGGUCCGUCAGCUCUCUUGGCUCGGAUUCAGGUUCUGAGACCGACAAAGACGAGCAGGAGCCCUCCCCUUCCUCUGCGGCUUCGCGGCACAUGAACGCCAUCGACAUUCUGACCCGAGUGUUUCCCAGCCACAAGCGAAGCGUCCUGGAGCUCGUUCUGCAGGGCUGCGGUAAAGAUGUGGUGCAGGCCAUCGAGCAGAUCCUCAACAACAGCGGCGCUCAGGGCCCCAACAAGGCCGGGCCAGACGAAACGUGGACGGCAGAGAGGAUGCUCCAAAAUGCACAGCAGCCUCCGCCGACAACGGCAACCACAACCGCCCCGACCAGGCCCAUGCUCCCCGGAGCUAUGACGCUGAGUAACCGCUCUGCGUUUUCUCCUCUGCAGCCAAACGCACCGCACUUCGGCGCAGACCCCAGCACCUACCCUCUGGGCACACACUUGGGACUCAACCCGCUGCGGCUGGCCUACUCGGCGCACAGCCGGGGUCUGGCUUUCAUGACACCCUACUCCACCACCGGGCUCAUGCCCACUUUGGGCUUCAGACCUCCAAUGGACUAUGCAUUUAGCGAUCUGAUAAGGGACAGGACAAUGCUGCACAAGGAGCAAGGCUAUGCCAGCGGUCUGUAUGGGCCUUUGGUCAACAACACACCGGAGAAACAGUGAAGCUGGUGGACUGAUCAUAGAGACACAUUCCAUUGUAUUUGUAGCCACAAGUGUUGAAAAUCUGUGAUGUGUUCUGGCUACGGGCUGCUGUACAUAAUAGGAUUAUCUGGCUUGUAGUCAAAUGGUCUGAGAGGGAUUAAAACACACACACACACACACACACACACACACACACACACACACACACACACACACACACACACACACACACACACACACACACACACACACACCCACACACAAAUAUGUGCAACUUUCAAAAAUAAUUUUAUAUGUUAGACCACAAAAGUUUGAAUGGCACUCCCCAUGUUUGACGGGAAACCGUCACAUUGUAUUUAUAGAUUGCAAAAAUAAAUUACGAUCAAGCUGGAAAAGUAAAAAUUGAACUGAUACACAAAAACAAAAACUACACCGCUACAUGCUUUUAUUGCAGAUUUUUAAGUGGAGCCUGUACGAACUGCGAAGGAAUUAUUUAUCAGAGGGUUAUGACUUUUUAAAGCCUAUCAAAUUUUACAGCUGAAGUGAUUUUUUUUCACACACACAGGAUAUUGAACCGAGUCAAAUAAGUUAUUAAAACAUGUAGCUUAACCCAAUUUCCUGCUGUAAAAGUUGAACUACAACAUGUAAAUGCCAUUCAUGUUUUUUUUUCUUCCUUAUGUAUUGUUUCAGUU